CACUUUUGUGUCUGUCGAGAAGAAGCCCGCUGCUGAGUAGAAGCAGUUAAGUAGAACCAGCUCUGUUCUAUCUACUCUCUACUCUCUACCCUCUACUCGUCUCUCACAAUGCCCGCUUCCUCCUCAGGCCAGAGGUCCCCCUCCUCCUCCUCCUCCUCCUCCUUCUCCGCCCGCUCAUCGACCUCCUCCUCCUUCUCUGCCCGCUCCUCCGCCUCUUCCGUCUCCUCCUACGCGACCUCAGACAUAGCAAAAGACCUCUCUCCGAUCUACCCGCCCUCCUCCUCCUCCUCUCGCGAACGUGCAGACCUCUUCCCCCAGCCGACCCUCUUCGACCUCUCCAUCCCCAUCCUCCCCGACCCGUCUCCCAUCUCUGAUCCCUCGUUCUUCAUCGACGACAUCAAACCCGCUUCUCCGCGUAUCAGACACCACCCCCACCGUCGUCACUCUCAUCGCUCUUCCUCCCCUGAUCUGCUCCGAUAUCACCAUCACAAUUCUCUCCAGCAGCAGCAACUACAACUCCAACAGCAGCAGCAGCAGCAGCAACAACUUCAACAGCAACCCCCCCUCUCAGACUCCUCCGUCGGCGUCGUCGCCGCCACAGCCUCCUCCUCCUCCGCCGUCCGCGUCCAGUUCCGCGAAGACAUGCUCUUCGGCGCCGACGGCUGCAUCGACGACGACGACACCAUCGACGCAAAGAUCCGCGCCUUCAAGUUCUCCCGCGACCCCGAAUCCGACUACGACGCGGACUACGACGACGACGCAGACUCUGAGCCUGAAGCCGCUGCUCCGGCUCCUCACCCCGCCACCACUGCUCCCCACCUCCACCGCGAAAAGAUAUCCACUCGAACGCCCGUCAAGCUCUCUCCUAUCGACACCCUCUUUCCCGACUCUCUUCCUUCCUUCCACCCCACUUCCAACCCCCCUCUCCAUGACCCCUCCUACCCUCCCCUACAAGACCUCUCCCUGCGCGACCACAUCGUCCAGCGACUACAGCAACCUCCUCCUCUGACCACCUCUUCUGUCUCUGCCUCCGCCUCCGCCUCCGCCAGCACAUUCGCCAAACCAAUCUCAGACCUCUUCCCUGCCCCCCUUCCGCCCUCUCCGCUCGUGCAGCACCCGGCAGACCAUCUCUCUCAGCUCAGGAAAGCAGAGUCCGCAGACAUCCUCGUCUCCCCUCUCUCGGACCCGGGCAGACACCCGCACAUCUCUCUGCACUCUCAACUAUCGAAUUCCUCGUCUCCUCCCCCAUCAUCGCAGCAUUAACGGUUAUAAUCUCAUACUAUACUCAUACUAUACUCAUACUCAUACUCAUCCUCAAAAGCGGCGUUUAAUAUUUUUUGAUAAUUGUCUUGUUCUCGUUCUUGUUCUUGUUCUUUGUCCUUGUCUUUGUGCUUAUAUGGAAUACACCAGAUUGUGGUUCCUGUAGAUAUCUUCUUGAUUCUUGUUCUUAUAUCGUUUAGCAUUAAUGAAUUACGACCCAUGAUCUCUUCUUACAUUUACAGUUAGCAUUGUUAGAUUUUUAUUGUAACUCUGUUCUCUUUCUCUUCUUCCUCUUUCUCAUAGAAUGAUCUCACUG